AUGCUGCAGGCCAUCGUCAAGCUGUGCUGUGGCAUUGCCCAUGACCACCUCCGCAAGUUGCCCGGCCUGAAGACAGCAGCCACUGCGGUGAUGCAGGAGUUGGGAGGCUCACACUGCCUGCCUUCUGAAAUUCCUCCUUGUAUCCAGAGGCUCAUGGGGAAGGAUGCUGCCAGGUGCACUGAGCCUGAAGCAGACGUGCAGCCCUCCAGCAUGGACCUGUCCUACAUCCACCAGGGAGAAAGGGCCCUGCAGCAAGCAUUGAGCAUCCUGCAGCACCCACACUGCUGGCAGCCGGAGGCCGUGCCGAACGCAGGGGCUGCAGUGUCCAGCACCGCGCUGCCAGGGCUGGGCCGCGUCUUUCGGGCCGAGGCGGUGCUGGCGGUGCCGGUGGGCCGGCUGCAGGGUGAGCUGUUUGAGCGGCUGGAGGAGAUGCCACGCUGGAACCCCAGCCUCAGCCGCGUGGAGGUGCUCCGCCGCCCAGGCAAGGACACGCUGGUGACGCAUGAGGUGACAGCUGCCAGCCCAGUGGGAUGCAGGGACUUCAUCAGCACGCGGCACUGCAGCAGGACACGGGCGGCCAUCUACCUGGUGGGCACCGCUGCCCACCUCGAGCGGCCACCCGCACCGCAGGGCUGCGUCAGGGCCGAGACGCGGCUGAGCUGUAUCGUGCUGCAACCACUGCCAGGCGACCCGAGCUGCACACACGUCACGUGGCUGCUCAGCAUGGACCUGAAGGGCUGGAUCCCCACCUCAGUCACCAACCGCGUCCUGCCGCAGUGCCAGGUCGAGUUCAUCAGGCACCUCCGCCAGCACCUCUCUGCCACCGCCUGUCCCUGA